UAUAGGAAUUCAAUACCAAAUCCCUCUAUAAUUUAGCACAUCCUGUGCCAAAGUGCAGAAGAUGGCUAGGAUUCUUCUUCUCUUAGCUUCCAAAUUCAUCUUCUUAUCCAUUUUAUCCUCCUCGGGCGUCAUCCGAUGCACCCGAGGCGAAAACAAUGACGAUCAUGGCUUCAUCCAGAGCCUCGACCGAGAGUCGAUGGGCUUAAAGAAAGAAAAGCUAAGUCACUUUCGCAUCUACUGGCACGACAUCGUUAGCGGCCACAAUGCUACGUCGAUACAAGUGGUUCGACCUUCUAACGCAUCGGCAACAGGGUUCGGAAUAAUCAACAUGAUCGACAAUCCAUUAACCUUAGGGCCGAACCUGAGCUCGAAACUAGUGGGAAGAGCACAAGGGUUCUACGCACUCUCGUCACAAGAAGAAGUGGGAUUGUUGAUGUCAAUGAACUUUGCUUUCACGGAAGGGAAAUACAAUGGUAGCACGAUCACGGUGUUGGGGAGAAACCCAGUUUUCAACAAAGUGAGGGAAAUGCCGGUGAUCGGAGGAAGCGGACUUUUCCGGUUCGCCCGAGGCUAUGUUCAAGCAAGAACUAAUACAUUUAACUUGACAAGCGGAGAUGCCAUCAUUGAAUACACUUGUUAUGUGAUGCAUUAUUGAAUAUUUGACCCAUUUGCUUUGCAUUAUUAUGAAGUUAAACUUCCUUUAAUCAUAUUGUACUGCCCCACAUUCAACUAUCUUCUAAGUGGGUAUGUUGGUUACACUAUAAUAAGUAAAACUUUUUAAUUGGUGGAUUA